AUGGACUCACCACGGUCAAACUCAGAGGAAACCGCCACUGAUGACCAAACGGUUGUGGCUGCUGGCGAGUGGCUCGUAAGCCUCUGCAGCGGCAGACCGUAUCUCGACAGAGAAAAGCUUUUGACACCACUCGAGCAGCUCAAGUCUGACGAGUUCUUCAGUCAGUAUGGCCAGUCCUCAAUAUUCAAGCCUUACUACGUUGAAGCGGUGCGGAAAUGCCUGGCCAGAGCGUUAAAGUCUGAUUAUCAACUUGUCCGUGAUUUACUAGACAAAGAUCUCAAGAAGACUCUGUUUGACGACGAGCAUGAUAUACUACAAGUUGCAAUCAAAGCCGCAAGAGUUGAGCCUGGGUUUCUAGGCCAGAAUCCCAAAAAGUCAUGUCCUGAGCUUCUAGACACGGUAAAGUUAUUGAUCGCUCACGGAGCUUUGAUCAAUUGCUUGGACGGCGAUGGCUACUCGGCUUUGUUCUAUACCUGUGUGUUGGGAUACGGCGACCUUUUUCGCUUUCUGAUUGCUUCUGGGGCAGAGGAUUCAACUACACAUAAGCGAAUACCUCCAGAACAGCUCGUCAAAGAGAGAGAAGCUGCUGCAUUGCCAUUACCUGAGGAUGAACAGGUCAAUCUUCUUCAAGUCACACUUGAUGCCAUCAUAUCCCCUCAACACAUAGUCGAUAUGACUUGGGUUGGUUGGCCCCCUGGAGUCAACUACGACAUCCCUAUGUGGGAGGCUGAUAUUGACGCCACUUGGGGUAGUAUAAUACUCUACCUACUGGGACGCGGGCUUUCAUAUGAUAAGGAUGACCCUGGACUUGUCAUGAUUCUCCACAUCGCCUGCUUUCAAGGUUCCCUAGACUGUGUCAGGCAGCUUUUGAAUUACGGUGUGGUUGCUAACGUGUCGGGCCCAAGGGUGGUAGACGGAGGUCAAGGCCAAGGUGCAACAUUCGGAACAGCCAUACAUGCUGCUGCUGCUGGACGAAAACUCCCAAUCGUUGCCACGCUGAUAUCCCAUGGCGAAAGUGUUGCUCUGCGUCGACCAUGCAUCCUUAGUCGCGGAAGGGCGGGGCAAGACCAGACCCCGGUUCAGAUCGCCAUCGCUGCAGCAGAUUAUGACGAUGAUACCAUAAUGGAUUUCCUGGACGGUUUCGUAUCUCAGGGACAGGUUGAACAGUCUGACUACGAGGAGAUCUUGACUCACUGUAUCAAGACAAACAACCUUGAUUUUACGAAGCGCUAUCUCGAACGUGGUAUUCGAUUGUCCAAGAUACCAUCUGGUGUGGAGAGUGUAAAGAUGGCUCAGCUACUGGCCUCAUAUGACAUCAAGCUAGAUCCAACUUCUUUGCAACUCCAGGCGCUCAAAAGACGACGCCUUGAUCUACUCCGCUGGUGUGUCACCGAAUAUGGCCCUUUACUCCCUUCAGACGCCGGAUCUUGGGGAAGUAUGGCACAUCAACUGCUCAGAUCCAAUUAUGUAGACAUGGAAUUCCCCCGGUACAUAGUCACCGAGUAUCCCGGUCCGCAUAUCGAUUCAGUUAUCAUUGCCAACCUGAAAAUCCUCAGCGACGAAACAACCCCCACAGAAACAAGCUGGCUGCAUCUUGCUAUAGUGGAGGACAACGUCGCGGCCAUGCGCUUCUUGCUCGGAGCUGGUGCCGAUCCUACACUUCCUGGUUUGCCCUACGAUACAAAAACAACGAUGCGAAACGUCGGUCGGGGUUCAUUCAGAAAUGAAUCCGAGCGCCUUGAGGUAAUCAAAAUGCUGGAAAAGAAGCAGUCUAGUAACGAUUGGGCUGUUCCUUCGUACGUCGAGACCAGGUCUCAUAUUGCUCAAGACGUGGAGUCUCAGAGACGGAUCUGGGACAGCCAAUUGGAGUGUAUGGCAAAGAAUCGACAGUCUGUUCCUCACACAACUCAACGGCUUGAGAUUCCCUCAUCACCAUCGACCCUGAGCAAUGUCUCCACAGUCGACAUUUAUCGACCGUUGAGUAGUAGCAGUUCAUUCCGCCUUCUGGAGUUACAACCAUCAAACAGUCGAACAGAUCCACUCGUCGGACAUUUGAUCGAUAGUGAUAUCACUUUUCAGCCGGAAUUUGAAGCCCUCUCAUAUGUCUGGGGAGACAUCAAUCCUGCGAAAUACAUCAACGUCAACGGCCAAGACGUUUCCAUCACACCAAACCUUCACCUCGCGCUCAUCCAUCUUCGAUUAACAGACAAGGCUCGAACCCUCUGGGUAGAUGCUCUAUGUAUUGAUCAGUCGUUCCACGGGGAAAGAAACCAGCAGGUUCGAAUCAUGGGAGAUAUCUACAAGUCAGCCCGCCAAGUAGUCGUCUGGCUCGGCGAGGCUGCUGAUAAUUCACAUCUUGUGUUUGAGCACCUUGAAGACGACACAAUCAAAGAUUCAUUCCCUAACUACUCAGUCCCAGCAGAAGAAAAACGCCGUGCAUGGAAUUCCCUGGUCAAAAGGCCUUGGUUCUUCCGCACUUGGGUGAUACAAGAGAUAGCCCUUGCCCGUCGAGCAAUUAUCAUGUGUGGAGACAAUUCAACCCUCUGGCGUAACAUCGACGAAAGUUGGAAACCCGACUUUUCUGGUGGUGCAAAACGUCUCUCUACUGUACACAGCGCCCCUGGUAGCAAGCCCGAUCAUCCUCUGAAGGGGUUUGAUCCAGACAGUCACGCUUGGAGGCUUCGACUACUCGACUUUGGCAGUGAUCCUAUGCAGAUUCUACGAUACAGCCGCGUUUGUCAGACGACUGAGGUCAGGGACAGGAUCUAUGGCAUUCUAGGCUUGUUCAAACCUGGCUUUAUUCCGGUGGACUACGAUUCACCUGUGGAAGAUAUCUUUCAACGAUUCACUGAGGCAGUCAUCACACUGACCGGAAAUCUACGUAUCUUGAAACAUCUUGGUGUGUCGAGAAGCUAUGACAAACUUCCCUCAUGGGUGCCUGACUUUACCGAAUCAUCCACUAGAACUCUUCCUGAGUAUUAUUGGUCGCCUCCUUAUCGAGAAGAUGCAGAAGAUGAGUACAGCGUUCGUGGUGCGGACGGGCAGCAGUUCAAUGUUCCACGGGAAGACCUAGUGAAUAAGCAUCUGCCUGGGUUGACUUUCGAAGGCGGCAGACUGGUUCUCAAGGGCAAAAUGGUAGACACAAUUCGCGAUCUCGGACUUGAAUUACCCGAAGGAACUAAACAUGCCCCUGGAACAGAUGCAUUUGCCGAGGUAAUGAAAAGGUGGGAGUCUCUGGCUGCGACAUUGAUUCCAGACUGGAAGCCAUCACUCGGACCUUCGGUGACUCAAGCUUUUGCAGCUACUCUAUCUGCAAACCAUGGUUUUGAGCUCUUUAGUCUUGAAGCCGGAUUCACACAGUGGUAUCGAUUUUGCGGCACGGGUAUUAUUGAAGCCACCGAUGCCUCUAUGUUUCUGCGCGAUAUCGAGUUUUAUCUUUGGUGGUUGGAUCUUGGAAAGAAAGAUGAGAACGACGACUCUGAGCUGGCAUACGAUCUACGUGAAUUUUUCGACCGAAUGGCGUUUGCUAGCUACGGCCGAUGUCUUUUUACUACAGAUGGUGGUUCGAUGGGAUUGACGAGUCCUCGGGCUCAAGUGGGAGAUCAAAUCGUUUACUUCCCGGGCGCACAUGAGCCAUUUGUGUUACGUCGGAGGGAGAGUGGGAAGGGUUGGACUCUGGUGAAUGAUUGUUACUUGUAUGGGCUGGAUUUGGAUGAAUUAUUCCACAACUCGGAGCAUCUGGUUGAGGAUUUUCUGCUCUAUUAG